GGCCAAGACCCCGCGGAGGCCGAAGAAGCCCACGAACCCCACCCUGAAGGACCCUGUGGGGGUGUAUUGCCGUGUGAGGCCGCUGAGCCACUCGGAUCAGGAAUGCUGCAUCGAGGUGAUCAAUGAGACCACAGUGCAGAUCCAUCCCCCCGAGGGCUACCGGAUAUUCCGCAAUGGAGAAUGCAAGGAGACACAGUAUUCCUUCAAGGAAGUCUUUGGCACCCUUGUGGUCCAGAAGAAGCUGUUUGAUGUGGUGGCCAAGCCUCUGGUAGAAGAUCUCAUCCGAGGGAAAAAUGGUCUCCUUUUCACCUAUGGCGUGACAGGUAGUGGGAAAACACACACCAUGACUGGAUCUCCUGGGGAUGGAGGGCUUCUCCCACGCUGCUUGGGCAUGAUCUUCAACAGCAUUGGACCCUUCCAGGCCAAGAGAUUUGUGUUCAAGCUGGAUGAGAAGAAUGGUGUGGAUGUCCAGAGUGAAGUUGAUGCUCUCCUGGAACGGCAGAAAAGAGACGCCAUGCCUGUCGCCAAAACUCCCUCUGGCAAGAGACAUCUGGAUCCCGAAAUGGCUGGCAUGAUCAAUGUCCAGGAUCACUGCAAGGUGGAAGAAGUGGAUGAAGACAAUGUCUACAGUGUCUUUGUCUCCUACAUCGAGAUCUACAACAACUACAUCUAUGACCUCCUGGAGGAAACUCCCUUUGAGCCUAUCAAACCUAAGCCUCCCCAGUCCAAGAUACUUCGUGAGGAUCAGAACCACAACAUGUAUGUCACAGGGUGCACAGAGGUUGAGGUGAAGUCCACAGAAGAAGCUUUUGAAGUGUUUUGGAGAGGACAGAAGAAGAGACGCAUUGCCAACACACAGCUCAACCGCGAGUCCAGUCGUUCCCACAGCGUCUUCAUCAUCAAGUUGGCUCAGGCACCUCUGGAUGCAGAUGGAGACCAUGUGCUCCAGGAGAAGGAGCAGAUCACCCUGAGCCAGCUGUCCCUGGUGGAUCUGGCUGGAAGUGAGAGAACCAACAGAACCAAAGCCGAGGGCAACAGGCUGCGAGAAGCAGGGAAUAUCAACCAGUCACUGAUGACGUUAAGGACAUGCAUCGAAGUGCUCCGAGAAAACCAGUUGUAUGGCACAAACAAGAUGGUUCCAUACAGAGAUUCCAAACUGACUCAUCUCUUCAAGAACUACUUUGAUGGGGAAGGGAAAGUGAGGAUGAUCGUGUGUGUCAAUCCCAAAGCUGAGGACUAUGAGGAGUCUCUGCAAGUCAUGCGUUUUGCAGAGAUGACUCAGGAGGUGGAAGUUGCCAGACCUGUGGAUAGACCCUUGUGUGGGCUGACCCCAGGCAGGCGCUUCAGGAACCAGGUCUUCAAGGAGGAGCUCUCCAGAAAGUUGGAGAUGAGGGGAGGCCCCAUCAAUGGGGAGACAGAAGAACAAUCUGCUGCAGAAAUGUUCAUGCAGACCUUCCCUCCCUUACCUUCAUGUGAGCUGUUGGAUGUUAAUGAUGACCAAACCCUUCCCAAGCUCAUCCAGGUCCUGGAGCAGCGCCAGAAACUGAGGCAAAUGUUGACAGAGGAGUUUGCCAGAAACGUUCUUGCCUUCAAAACAAUGCUGCAAGAAUUUGACUCCAGUGUGAUAUCCAAGGAGAAUUAUAUCCAAGGAAAACUGUCUGAGAAGGAGAAGACAAUAGCAGGGCAGAGGACAGAGCUGGAAUGGCUGGAGAAGAAGAUUAAGACCUUGGAAUACAAGAUUGAGAUUCUGGAGAAAACUGCCACAAUUUAUGAGGAGGACAAACUUCAGCAGGAGCUGGAGAGCAAGAGCCAGAAGCUGCAGCGGCAGGCGUCAGACAAGAGGAGAUUGGAGGCCAGGCUGCAGGGUGUGGUGGUGGAGACCACCAUGAAGUGGGAGAAGGAGUGUAACAAGCUUUGGGUGAAGGACGAGAAGCUGAAGCAGCUCAAGGCCAUUGUCACUGAGCCAAAGCCUGAGAAGCCAGAGAGGCCCUCACGGGAGAGAGACAGAGAGAAGCCUGUCCAGAGAUCUGUGUCUCCUGCCCCAGUGCCUCAGGUACCUCUUGUCCGGCUGCGGCACCGUCGCUCGCGCUCAGCUGAGGAGAGGUGGGUGGACCACAAACCUCCAUCCAACCUGCCCACCGAGACCGUCAUGCAGCCACAUGUGCCCCAUGCCAUCACGGUGGCAGCACCCAGUGAGAAGGCCCUGGCCAAGUGUGACAAGUACAUGCUGACACACCAAGAGUUGGCAUCUGAUGGGGAGAUCGAGACCAAACUUAUCAAGGGGGAUGUUUUCAAGACCAAAGGUGGUGGCCAAGCUGUGCAGUUCACAGACAUCGAGACCCUGAAGCAGGAAUCUCCAACUGGACGGAAGCGACGCUCCUCACCUUCCCACCCUGACCCUCCUAGGGAUGGAGCUGACUCCGAAUGGACUGAUGUGGAAACCAGGUGCUCAGUGGCAGUGGAGAUGAGAGCAGGAUCAGCCCUUGGACCUGGCUACCAGCACCAUGCCCAGCCCAA